AAUCUUGCCAAGUUACUAAGUAACAUGUAAUCUAAAUAAUCAGAAACUAGAUAGAGCUGGUCCUAUCAAGUAAACUUAGUUUAGAAUUCUUUUUAGGAAGACAAACUUUUAUUAGAACUUGUAAAACUAAUUGGUUGUACAUCUUGGAAUCGUGUUGCACAUGAACUUCAAUCUAUUAUGAAAAAUACCUAAAAAAUUCGUUCUUCUGCUGCUUGUAGAGAACGAUAUUAAAAUAUUCUUAACCCAAAUUUGAAUAAAAGUAAUUGGACAUUAGAAGAGGAAGACAAUUUAUUCACUCUUUAAUAAUCUUAUGGAAAUAGCUGGGCAAGAAUUGCUUCCCAAAUGCCUGGCCGCUCAGAUUUACUAUGUAAAAACUAUUUUUAUGCUACGCUAAGAAAAGUCUUACGUCGACUCACUAAAGCAGUAGGUUUAGAUAAAUGUAAUUUUUAUAUUCAUUCUUCUUUAGCAUCAGAUUUACUUAAAUAGAUUAAACCUAAUGUGUUAGGAGUAAUUUAUUGCAAAGAUGAUUCUUUUAAAAGUUUCAACAUUGACGAGAAAAUGAAAACAGAAUUUAAAUUACUUAUAAAACGAUAUAGGUAUACAGAAAAAGCAGAACUUAGAUUACUUUAAGAAAAUGAUGUGAACUAUAUUAAAUCUAUGCUAAAUUAGCUAUUUAUUAUCAAGUAAAAUAUACGAAAAAUUAUUAGUAAUAAUUAUAUUACCCAGAAAUAAAGAAAUUCUAGUAGGAAGAAUUCAAAAUAAGAAUUUUUUUCUGGAGAAAAUAACAGUAAAUCAACUAUUCCAAAUUGCUUAAAUGCUUAAAACUAAAAAAAUUCUAAACUGGAAUCUAAAUUAGAAUCUAAAAUUUUAAACACUGAAAAUAUUAAAUUAGAUUCCUAAGAAGAAAAUAUUCAACCUUAAAAUAAUUAGUCUAACUUCUAAUAAGCUUAUCAAUCUAUUUAAGUUUAUAAUAAUCUAAAUUAACUUCAUCCUGGUUUUAGUCCACUUAUUUAAUAUUAAGUAAAUCUCAAUUAUACUUUAGUAAUAAAUUUAAAAUCCACAACCUGUUUUAACAUUCUGCAUUUAACCAAACAUUAUUAUUAGACCAAUCUAAUCAGUUUAACCAUAUUACACCCCUUAAUACCUCCUUUAUCCUUAACCUCAUCCUCAGGUCAGAUAUGAGUUCAUAUAAAUGAUGUGA